AUGGUUCUCUCGACCGACGCCAAGAAGGCGUUCAACAGGGUGGACUGGCUGUUCUUAAGGUCCACCCUCCGCCAUAUCGGCCUCGCCCCUCAUAUGUUAUCGUGGUUAUCUGCACAUUAUUCUCACCCUACGGCAGCCAUCAACGUUAAUGAGACUAGAUCAAACAAGAUUUACUACGUGGCAGGCCCUAACGGUGACAUGGUUCGGACGUGCAAUGCUCUUAAAAUGACCAUACUCCCCAGAAUACUAUUUCUGAUGCAAGCGAUGCCCAUUCGUCUGCCGCUGGCCUUCUUUUCUCGCCUCCGUAGAAUGUUCCUGUUCCGUUCUGCUGCAGCGGCCGAAAGUGGAGAGAUACAAGAAGUGAUUGCCGCUGCACCGGCUCCGGCGGGGGCCGUUUUUACAGGAGGAGAAGAAUUCUUUGAUGCCCGUAUAGAUGGUGGCACGACUGUGGGGACAUUUGAAGAAGAGGUACAUGCUAAUAAAGUCACAUCAGAAGACAUCCUGAGUACUGGAAAUAGCAUCAUAUUUCUGGAGACCAGUGAAAGGCUACAACUCCCAUCCUUGAUGUUAUGUGCAAUCGAGUCGGCAGCUCGAGUCUACCCUAACAGAUCGGUGGUUCUUUUUAUGAAGGGGUUAAACCAUACAGAUUCGGAAGAUCAGGAGGAAAAAGCUCUCGGUCAUUACCCAACCCUUGUAUCUCUGGACAAUGUUCACAUCUUUCCUCUUAUAAUGGAANGACUCUGCGGCAUCUCACCAUUGCUGUCUUGGAUCUUGCAAAUUAAUACUAGUUUGGAAACACAUUGGAUCCAUGUAAGCUCAGAUGGCUGCAGACUAGCACUGAUCUGGAAAUACGGAGGCAUUUAUAUGGACACCGACAUCAUCUCAAUGCAGCCUAUACCCUACAGGAACUUCCUGGCUGGCGAAUCAGAUCAAUAUUCCAGCAAUGGUGUUUUUGGAUUUUCUUCCCAGAAUAACUUUACCUGGACAUGUAUGCUAGAUUUUGUUCAGAAUUAUAAUGGCAAUGCUUGGGGAAAUCAAGGACCUUAUCUCUUUACUCGUGUUUUGAAAACGAUAUGUACUUUACCCAAAUUCAUUAAUGUAAAAGAUAUAAUGUGCGGCAACAUUCUUUUUUUGAAUCCUCAACGAUUUUAUCCUAUUCGGUACCCUGGUUGGCAAAGAUACUAUGAGGUUUGGACCAAGCUGCCGACUUUCAAUGAAUCUUAUGCUUUGCACCUUUGGAACUAUAUGAACCAUGACCGUAAAGCUAUGCAACCAGGGAGCAACACUUUAGUGGAACAUCUCUAUCAACAGCAUUGCCCUUCUACAAAUGCAGCACUUCAGAGGAAUGAAAGUAUUUAUAUUUAG